UGAAGGACGGGAGGCCGCAGAGGCCGGCAGAUGCGGGCAAGAUGGCGUCAACGGCGGCGAACGGGGCUAGUGGGAGCAGCGGGAUGGAGGUGGACGCCGCAGUGCUCCCCAGCGUGAUGGCCUCCGGCGUGACCGGCAGCGUGUCCGUGGCCCUGCAUCCCCUCGUCAUCCUCAACAUCUCCGACCACUGGAUCCGCAUGCGCUCUCAGGAGGGACGGCCCGUGCAGGUGAUUGGAGCGUUGAUUGGGAAACAGGAGGGACGAAAUAUUGAGGUGAUGAAUUCAUUUGAGCUGCUGUCCCACACAGUGGAGGAGAAGAUCAUCAUUGACAAAGAAUAUUACUACACCAAAGAGGAGCAGUUUAAGCAGGUAUUCAAGGAAUUGGAGUUUCUAGGUUGGUAUACCACAGGGGGUCCACCAGAUCCCUCUGACAUCCACGUCCACAAGCAGGUGUGUGAGAUCAUCGAGAGCCCUCUAUUCCUGAAGCUAAAUCCCAUGACCAAGCACACUGAUCUGCCAGUCAGUGUUUUUGAGUCAGUCAUCGACAUCAUCAAUGGAGAGGCAACAAUGCUAUUUGCUGAACUGACCUACACACUAGCCACAGAGGAAGCUGAGCGGAUUGGUGUGGAUCAUGUGGCUCGAAUGACAGCUACAGGUAGUGGAGAGAACUCUACUGUGGCAGAGCACCUAAUAGCCCAGCAUAGUGCCAUCAAGAUGCUGCAUAGUCGGGUCAAGCUUAUCUUAGAAUAUGUCAAGGCUUCUGAAGCAGGGGAGGUUCCUUUUAAUCAUGAAAUCCUGCGUGAAGCCUAUGCUCUGUGUCAUUGCCUCCCUGUGCUCAGCACAGAUAAGUUCAAGACAGACUUUUAUGAUCAAUGUAAUGAUGUUGGGCUCAUGGCCUACCUUGGCACCAUCACCAAAACAUGCAACACAAUGAACCAGUUUGUAAAUAAGUUCAACGUCCUGUAUGAUCGCCAGGGCAUCGGCAGACGAAUGCGAGGACUUUUCUUCUAGAAGGGGGCAACCCUUCCCUCACAAUAAGUGAGGGCAAAGGGCAGAGAGAUCUGCUUCACUGAGGAAAACAAUUGCCCCAAAGGCAGGAAAGUGGCUUAUAUCCCCUUUAGAGAAGCCCUCAAGCCUGCAUAGCUUCCCUCCACCCAAAUUGUUAAUAAAUGGGGAAUAGUUCCCCCUCCCGUGA